AUGGAGUUCGAGCAAUACGGGCAGAGCUCCCAGCAGCAGCCCCGGCAAAGGCGCAGAAGAAUAGGAAAGAGGCGCCAGCGCAACAAGUUGCCCAUCACAGCGCGUCUUGCUUUGGAUCCUCAGCUGCGUGGAAACACAGGUGUCUUAUCCGAGGACAUCGCCAAUGACCUGUUCUCCCAGCACUCUCUCUUGGAGGCCACGACCGGUGAUGGGUUACUCUACGUGGCUGUUGCCCCGCACACGCCUACGCAUCUCGCCGUCGAGGACCAAGCCUGGACUAUCCUCCCCGUGCGUAUUCAGCCAGCGGGGAGACCGCCAACAUCUCAGUCAACCGUCCUCUUCCCCGAAUCCGCAGACUCGCUGCAGUCUUUCCUGUUAGCGCUCGGGAAACUCGACUCCGCCCGUCAAUCACUGCAGACCCACCGAACCGUCGAAAUCCGCGUGCUUGAUGUUGCGCCGUUGCACCUGGACACAGUCUAUGUAACAGUAGAGCGCCAUCUUCUGCGUAACCACGAUGAUGUACAGAAUAAGUUCAGAGGUGGAUUCACUUCCACAAAUUCCCCCAAUGGCACGUGGCCGCGGAGCGGAAAGGCUCCGGAGAACAGGCGGUACUCGAAGAAAGCUGCUGUCGAUACGGAGCAGCGCUUGACCGCCGCCGUCCGUGAAGCAUUGGCUACGCAGCGCAUUGUUCACAUGGGCGAUGUGCUUCCUCUUCCUCUUCCCCCGCAUCCUAUUACUUAUGCGCCAGCCCCACCUGCCCGAAUCUCCUUCUGCGAGCCUGUGUCUCAAGGCCUUCUUAUGCCCACAACGAAGGUCGUGCUUGUCCAGGCCCGCCCGCAGGGUAAUCGAGUACAACAAUCCUUGCCUCCACGGCCCAGCCUUCUGAGAAAUGUUGCGGAGGAUGAAGCCGACGACACAUCAAACGAACAAUUCUUCUCCGCUGCCGAGGACAAGGCCGGCGAAACUACCGAGAUGGAAACUACGUCUGCGGCGGAGGAGUCGGAAACAGAAGGUUCCAUUGGGUCUGCUAGUGAUUCUUCGGAAGACUCCUUGGAAGACAUGAUAUCUCUGUCUGCCCCUGAGUUGCCGCAGGCACCAUCAGGCGUAAUGUCUUCUAUUACGUCUGCGACGCCUCGUGCGGGUGGGCGGCGGGCAGAUGGAAUUCAUACCCCCGGCUCCGUGACCUCGACUUUUACCUCCGCGACUAUGCGCCCCGGUCGCACCAAUGGCAAGGUUUUCAAAGUGGAGGGACUUUUGCAACAAGUGCCCAAUGAAGUUUUGCAUCCACGUCCUCGCGAUGAUGAGGACGUUGACUCUUUUGUCUUUGUUGAUAUCAGUACGCUGGCAAAGAUCGGCUGCUUCUCGGGUGACUGGGUUCGCAUUGAGGCCGCCGAGGAACCGCAGUUGAACAUGUUCGCUUCCCUCAAGCUUGGAAGCUUCAAUGAUUCUCCGGAAGAACCUGGAGAUUGGCGGCCAGUCAAGGUCUUUGGUCUUCCAGGACUGCCAUCUCCGAAGCCUCGCUAUGCCAUCAACCCUUCCGGUGCCCGUCGAUCGAGCUUUUCGCAACGUCUUCCGACUCGUCUAACCCCCUCAAUAUUUGUGCCACCGCUUUUGCUGAGCAACAUUGAGAACCCCAAAUACCUGCGCAUUUCGCCCAUGACAUUCGCCGCUGCCAGUCAAGCUCCAAAACCAGGGCUAUUGCAUCAUAUGAAGAACAGUGCUAUACGUAACCCUCCACUUGCAAAGGAAGUCACGCUUCUGAAGGUCUCCACGCCCCUUUCCAUGGACCGAGUUCUCCAGCCAGCGCUUUUUGCUGGUCUCAAGCAGUAUUUUGAAUCCCGUCGGCGGAUCUUGAAGAGCGGAGACCUGGUCGGAAUCAGUGUCGAUGAGGGCCUUGGCCGAGCUGUGUUCUCUGCGAGUUCUAGCGGUGACAACGCAAGCCAAGAAGAUGACAUUACUUCCCGUCUAGGCCAGGGCUCGGCUUCUGAAGACUCGGGCCCUCGCAAGGUUGGUGUCGCCUGGUUCCGCGUGGGUCAAGUUGUACCAACUAUCGUGGAAGAAUUGGAGGAAACUGGCGAAGACCAGUGGGGCGGCGUUGCAGUCCUCGAUCCGUCUAGCACGCGCAUGGUACAGGCUGGCAGCGAUGUAAGCCGGGUUCCUGGGGUUUUGGGCAACGGUUGGGAAUAUUGGCUGGGAGUAAAGACUAUCCCGAAGACAGUGGGAGAUAUCCCAGCCCCUCAUGGUAUUAUGACAGAACCUCCUCAAGCUUUCAUUCCACCGCUCCAGCAGAGAAUCCGUGAUUUAAUGGCUGCGUCUACAAGCCCACGAGCUAUUCAGCUUGGGAUGAAGCCUGUUGUCAUCCUUCUUCGCUCUCAACAAAGACAUAUUGGAAAGGCGACCCUUGCGACUCGCGCUUGUGCAGAUAUUGGUCUCCAUACGUUUCCCAUCGAUUCAUAUGAUAUCUUGACGGAGGGUGGAGCUAAUGGCGGCGAUGUUAAGACGGAGGCGUAUCUCAAAGCUCGGGCCGAGCGCGCAUUCCAUUGCGGAGCGAACUGUACUGCAUUGCUCAUUAAGCACAUUGAGGUGCUCACAGCUGACCGCAUGGUCACUGCCAUGACUGAGAUUAUCAAUGAGGCUCGAGUAGUCAUUGCUACAACUACGGACGUCGAGCAAAUCCCCGAAGGAAUCCGCAAGCGUGAGGGAAUUCUACGCAAUGCCGUUGCCGAGCGCGGCAUCAAAUUGGCCGCGGAUGUGGAACUCGGAACUGUGGCCCUGAAGACUGCAGCGCUCGUCGCGGGAGAUUUGGUCGAUGUCGUCGAACGGGCUGCUGCGGCUCGCACUGCACGUAUCGAGGGUCUUGCUGAAACUGCAACUAAGCAACUCCCCGGCGCAGAGGUCAGCGUCCGCGAUGUCCUGCUCGCUGGGGGCGAUGGGGCACGGGGUGUCACCAAAGCCGAUUUCGAUACAGCCGUUGAAGCUGCUCGAAAGAAUUUUGCCGAUUCUAUCGGCGCACCCAAGAUUCCGAAUGUUAGCUGGGAUGAUGUUGGUGGGUUGAGUAAUGUCAAGGAUGCCCUGACAGAGACUAUUCAGUUGCCACUUGAACGCCCCGAGCUCUUCGCCAAGGGCAUGAAGAAGCGCAGUGGUAUUCUGUUCUAUGGACCUCCUGGUACCGGAAAGACUCUGCUUGCCAAGGCCAUUGCCACGGAAUUCUCUCUGAAUUUCUUCUCAGUCAAGGGCCCUGAGUUGCUGAACAUGUAUAUUGGUGAAUCAGAAGCGAACGUGCGCCGUGUGUUCCAGCGUGCUCGAGAUGCUCGCCCUUGUGUGGUAUUCUUCGACGAAUUGGACUCGGUUGCACCGAAGCGCGGUAACCAGGGUGACAGUGGCGGUGUCAUGGAUCGUAUUGUCAGUCAGCUUCUCGCAGAGCUGGAUGGCAUGAACGGCGGCGAAGAGAAUAGCGGUGGCGUUUUCGUCAUUGGCGCAACGAAUCGUCCUGAUUUACUGGAUACUGCCCUUUUGCGACCUGGUCGAUUCGACAAAAUGCUUUACUUGGGUGUGUCAGAUACACACCGAAAACAGGCUACGAUUUUGGAAGCUCUUACUCGCAAGUUCGCUCUGCACCCUGAGGUUUCUCUUGACCGGGUCGCUGAACAGCUUCCGUUGACAUUCACCGGUGCCGAUUUAUAUGCUCUUUGUUCUGAUGCAAUGCUGAAGGCUAUCACCCGGAAGUCUACCGCAGUGGACGAGAAGAUCAAACAGCUACCGGGGGGGGCCUCAACCCCGGAGGAUGUUUCCGUGUUGGUGACUGAGGAAGACUUUUUAGCCGCCCAGAGAGAGCUUGUCCCCAGUGUUAGCGCCAAGGAACUUGAGCACUUCGAACGGAUCCGUCAAACGUUUGAGUCAGUCGAUAAAUCGAAGCAAGAAUCAAAUUCCGCAGCUCCGCAGACAAUUGCCGAUGCCAUGGAGGCAUUCAGCAUGGGGGAGAUCGCCCCUCCCAUGUCCCCCAGUGCGACACCAACGAGUAACGGAGACCACAGCUUUUCAGGCAGCAUUCACGAUCGCCUCAAGGGCCUAAGGCAAUGGCCUGGCAGCAUUGUUCGUAGUGCCAGUGGUAAUUCUAACACAAGCAGCAAGGGCAAGGGGAAAGCCGCUGCUGGAAAGAAGGGUAAAGGCCCUCGAAGCGGAGACUCUGAUGAAUCCGAUGGUGGUGACGAGGAUAUGGCUGAUGGUCCGUCUAACGAGGGAGAUGAGGAUGACUACGUUGUACGAACUGGGCAACUGCCUAAUCCUAUGGAGGAGGUAGAGUAA